UCUUGUUUGCCGAAGUCUCUGUCAGUGCAUUUCAGUAAUAAUGACAGAGUGGGAGGGCCACUCGGUGCAACUAAUAAGGACCGCGAUCCAGCAGGCGAUCCCACUGUGACUUUUAUUUCCAAGUCCUGGAAUCCGGAAUCAAGACUGAUCGUAAUCACUCAUGGAUUAUGCUUUUUUCGCUGUCUUUUGUUUCUUUUUGCCUUAGAGGAAACUUUAUCAGCAACUGUUUUCAAGUGGGCUUCUUUCUCGUGCCAGAGCCAUGAUUUGCUUGCUAAGAUGGACUGCUUUCCUCUGGACUGUAAAUUCCAUUCCUUGCACUUUUGGAAUGGCAGUGAGUGAACAUCUCGAUGGCUCAUGUCCCCCUCUGAGUGUAGAGGAACACAGGUUUUCUGAUAUUUUGGACCGUCCCCUGCAAAUCACAGGAUUUGAUCUCACAGAAAAGUUUCUUCUCCGAAAGGGAACAAUCACAGAAGACCUGCCAUCGUAUCGUUUAGGAAGCAGUCCUCUCAUUAAGCCGACAAAACUAAUAUUUCCAAAUGGGCUAUCAAGCGAAUACUCCCUUGUCACCAUCAUUCGGGUAAGAAGAACUACAAAAAAAGACCGUUGGUAUCUUUGGCAGAUAUUCGACCAGUCGGGAAGCAGUCAGGUAUCUGUUGUGGUUGAUGGUGGCAAGAAGACGGUGGAGUUUUCUUCCCAGGGUCUGCUGAAGAACACCCUCCGCUACACUUUUAAGAGCCGUGACCUACAUGCCCUCUUUGAUCGCCAGUGGCACAAGCUGAGCAUUUCUGUACAGAGCAACAUAGUCUCCAUUUACAUGGACUGCAAGCUAAUAGAAAGGAGACUGACUGAUGAAAAGGAUAGCGUUGACCCGAGUGGGCGCACUCUCAUCACCACACGAAUGGAGGAUGGACGGCCUGUGGAUGUUGAGGUGAAACAAUUUCUGAUCUACUGUGACCCUUAUAUGGCUGAAAUGGAAAAUUGUUGUGAGCUACUCGAGCCAAAGUGUGAAGCCAAGACGAUGUUUAAUGGCACUUCCCCUCCCCUGGUUACUGCCCAGCUCCCUCAGAUGCUAACUCAGCCAGCCUCACCAUCAACUGACAGAUGUCACUGUCCAUCUGAGAAGGGAGAAGCUGGUCUUCCAGGUGUAAUUGGACUGCCAGGACAAAAGGGUGAUAAAGGAGAGAAGGGGGAUCCAGGGGAGGCCGGGUCUCAAGGAAACCCAGGACAAAAGGGGGAACUUGGAUCAGAAGGGCAAAAGGGAAUCGAUGGGGAGAAGGGUCUGAAAGGUGACCCAGGGCCAGUUGGUCCAGUUGGUCCAGUUGGUCCCAAAGGAAACAAAGGGGAUGUGGGUCUGCCUGGAGCUCCAGGGCUCCCUGCUGAAAAAGAAUGUCUCAAAGGGGAUCAGGGCCCUCGAGGUGACAAAGGCGAGAAGGGAUUGGCUGGGGUGCCAGGUCAGCCAGGGGAACCAGGCAAAGAGGGCAAAAGGGGACGGAGAGGAAAGACUGGGGAGCCUGGACCCAGAGGCCCGCCUGGUCCCUCAGGAGCCUCUCAAGGAGCAAGUGUCAAGGGUGAGUCUGGAGUCCCAGUGGAAAAAGGGGAGAAAGGAGAGAGAGGAGACCCAGGUCAGCCAGGUGCUGAGGGGACCGGUGGGAUGAAAGGACAAAAAGGAGAUGUUGGCCCUCCUGGUCCUCCUGGUCCUGUGAUGACAGCUCAUGGAUUAAGACAGCUCUCUGGAACUGAUGAAAUGAAGGAGAGGACCCAAAAAGGAGAAAAGGGAGAUCAGGGAGAGAGAGGAGCUCAAGGACCACAAGGCUUCAAGGGAAAUGUAGGGCCGCCAGGUCUAAAGGGAGAUCAAGGGCCAGAGGGGAAGCAAGGCCUGCCUGGACUCCCAGGAAUCCCAGGCGAGCCAGGCUCGCCAGGGAAGGGAGGGGUGCCUGGCAGAGAUGGCCUGAAAGGAGAAAAGGGGAACUCUGGUGGUGUGAUGGGGCCACCGGGACCUCCAGGUCCUAAAGGAGAGCCUGGAGAGCCUGGAGGUGGUUAUAUGGGCGACGGGUCAUCUCUAACUAGAGGGUCUCGCGGGCCCAAGGGAGAGAGAGGCGUACCUGGAUUGCCAGGAGACCACGGUGAAAAAGGCGAACCUGGAGAGAGCGUUAUAGGCCCAUCUGGCCCCAUGGGACCCCCAGGAAGGCCAGGAAUUGAGGGCCCUCGCGGACUCCCAGGUUUAUCUGGCCCUCCUGGAGCUGCAGGAAGAGAGGGCCCCCCUGGAAGACCAGGCCCCCCAGGCCCUGCUGGACCCCCAGGAGAACCAACUGCUCUGCCAAUUGUUGGAGACAUGGGUGCUUUACUUAAGAAUGCCUGCAGUGUGUGCCAGACGAGAGUCCCAGGGCUUCCCGGGCAGAAGGGAGAGAAGGGGUCCCCCGGAGGUCAAGGAGUAGAAGGCAUGAUUGGACAAAAGGGGGAUCCAGGUAUAAGAGGUCCUAUGGGUAACCCUGGAAAAGAAGGUCCAAAGGGAGUAAAAGGAGAGAGAGGGUUCCCAGGCCCCACAGGAGAUAAAGGUGAUGAGGGGCCUGCAGGAGUACCAGGCCUUCCUGGUGUGACCGGUCGUACAGGGGCUCCGGGACCUAUGGGUAGACCUGGGCCAAUGGGCCAGCUGGGAGCAAAAGGAGAAAAAGGCAAUGAAGGACCGCCGGGUAGACCAGGACUUCCAGGACCUCCGGGUGUACCCUAUGUGGAGGGCAACGGGAUGAGCAGUCUGUACAAGCUGCAGAGUGGUGGAGCUAUUGUAGGACCCCCUGGAGCUCCUGGUGCGCCGGGGCCCAAAGGAGAUGAAGGACCCUCGGGGGAGCCAGGGGCCAUGGGAUUACCCGGGCUUGAAGGUCCACCUGGUGCCAAGGGUGAUCCUGGUUUGACUGGUCCUCCUGGGAUGCCAGGUCCUCUAGGGAAGCCCGGUGCUCGUGGAGAGCCAGGGAUCCCAGGAGAGCCGGGUGAGAGGGGGCCACUCGGAGAGACAGGAUUCCCAGGGCCAGAGGGACCCCAAGGUGUUGCGGGGAGACCUGGAAAAGAUGGAACUCCUGGAAUCAAGGGAGGCACAGGUAGACCAGGAGAUAGAGGAGCCAAAGGAGAACGUGGUGAUCCAGGGAUUCCUGGAGAGAGAGGUGUUCAAGGUGAGAGGGGUCGCAUAGGAGAUCCUGGCCCUAUUGGACCGAUCGGACCAAUCGGACAAAAGGGCGAUCCUGGCCCUCCAGGACAGCUGAGGAGUACAAACCUCUUGGGUGAUGCCAGCUUCAUGGAGGAUCUCAAAAUGUUAAUCAGAAAUGAGGUUUUGAGGGUCUUUGAAGAGAGGCUAGCGAGCACUGCCAUGCAGCAGAAGACACCUGCAGGUAUCUUAGCUUCACAAUUCCAAGGACCUCCAGGACCUCCUGGCAAGGACGGAUUGCCGGGACCACCAGGAGAGCCCGGACCUCCUGGUCCUCAAGGAUACAGGGGUCAGAAAGGAGAACGAGGCCAGCUUGGUCUGGGGUUGCCAGGAGAUCCAGGACCCAUAGGGCCACCAGGUCCUCCUGGGAUCUCAUCUCAGGGCCCUCCUGGCUCACCAGGGCCCCGUGGACCUCCCGGGACAUGUGACCCCAGAGACUGUCUCCCUUCCUCCCUAUGAACCCAGCGGAGCAGCCCAGUUUUAGGACAGACGUCCAGCUCCGAGCCACAGAGCAGGACGAGGGACGGCCUCACUCUAUCCGACUCACAACGGACCUCCUUUGUUCACUUUACAACAUUUUAAUGCAGUCAGGGUUUUUUUUUUCCUUUGUCAAGUGUUGUUGGCGGCUUUGCUCUGAAUGCAAUAGAAAUGUUUUUUUUUGUUUGUUUGUUUGUUUUUAAGUGGUGUGCUUUUAAGUGAUUUCCUGUUUUCACGUCCCCUACUGUGAUGUAAUGCAUUCCUUGUCAACUCUCAUUAUGUCUUUCAAGACCAUGAAAUGACUUUGUUUCAUCAAGUUCAGUCCUGUCCGAUAACAGGAUCUUAAUUAUUUGUUUGUCCUCCUUAAUGGGCAUGCCUGUUCACUCUUCUGUUCUUAUUCAGAUAAGGCAAUGUGCUGGCAGAAAGGCAGAAUGUACAUCUCGUGUGUGUGUGUGUGUGUGUGUGUGUGAGAGAGAGAGAGAGAGAGAGAGAUUAGGUGAAUGAGUGAACUUGCUUUAUGUGUAGGUGUGAAAAAAAUAACAGUUUUUUUAAGCUCCUUAUGCAACCAAAGUGCAGCAGAUGUGUCUAAUAGAGAAAUUAUUUAUUUUUAAGUGUGUUCUAAAGAAUGUAUUUAAAAGAUUGUUGACUGUAAAUGUAACAUGGAUAUGCAGUAAUAUUAUUCUGGAUUAUUGAGAGUUUGGUUUUGUGAAAUGACGCCCAUGACACAUUUGUAUUCUGCACGAUAAUCAUGUUUUUAAAGAAUCUGCCGUAUAGUCAUUGAUGAAGAUGUCUUCCCAUUUUCUGUAGGUUCUUCAUCAGCACUGAGCUUCAUCAGUGAGGUUUGCCAUAUUUUGUAGUACAAAUACAUGCAGCUCAUACUGUUUGACACUUAAAUCAAGGGCAGAUUUUUCAUCAUGAAAGGAAUGUACUUUAAAAGUUGUUUAUGUUCAGUGAGUGUUUCUUUACUGUUGCAUUAAUCUGUAAAUAAGCUGAACGAGUGACUUUGUUUGUUCCUGUCUGAUGUGGCUUCUGAUGGGACCUGACGAUAUAAUUACACAAGCAGAUUGUCAGUGUAAUAACGCAUUAAGGUUCUCACUGUUUUAUCAGUCAUACAUUGCUGCAAAUGAGGAAGAUGUGUGUGUGUGUGAUGAUGAUGAUGAUUAUUAACAUUUAUUGUUUACAUAGUGUUGUGUAUGAUGAUUCCUCUGGUUUUAUUUGUAUAUUUUUGAUUUUCAACCACACAAGGGAAAUCAGACUACCACACUACAAUGUCAGGCUUUUUCUUUUGGUGCAACAUACACUCAUAAAUGUACUUGAACUUUCCUGUUUUUGUUUGUUUCGUUGUAACAGCAUCAUGGUCUACAUACUGGUUUUUCUCUGGCUGACCACUACUGGUCUAUGGCUGAUGGGUUGGUGUCUUAAGACUGGAGUUUUGAUUUUUUUUAAUUUAUUGUAACAAGUUUCAGUGUUUUCAACUAAUUUCAGAGGGCUUUGAGUCAGCUUUGCCUAAAUAAGCCUAUAAUAUAUCUUAUUCAGAAAGUCACAUCGUACAGAAUACUAUCACUCAAAGGUACAGAGAAAAGAUUUCCAGUAUUCAAAGUUAGAUAUAAAUUAGUGCACUAAUUUAAUGAAUUUUUUAAUAAAAUGCACAGUCGGCGUAUCUAAAAAGUAACCUGAGCUUCGUAAUCACUCUAAACCCUAAACAUUUAUGUGUUUGAAAAAGAUAAUUGGGUUGUAGUGUAUUUUACUUUGCUUAAGCCUUCAGUUUGAGUGAGGUUUAAUGAGAGUUUGACUCAAAGGCUUUGAUUUUACUUUUAAGUGUCCUGCUGUGAUUAAUGUUUCAAAAUUUCUGUGGGUGUAUCUGAAAUUAUGUGACAUCGAUUCUAUCUGCAUUUCAUCCUGUAAAAUCUGUUUGACACUUUUUUUACUUUAUGUCUCACAUCAUCGCGCUUCUUUUACACAUGUGAAUUAUAUCUCACAUCCUACUUUGAUUUUUUUUUAAUGUAUUUUUCUCAGCGUGCAGGUUUGGUUUUUAUCUUUCCUAAAUUUUAUCAGGGUGAGGGGGGUCUAAUUUCAGAUGGGUACUGAAUCAAAUGUGUGUGACUGACUUCAUUUGUGAAUCAAAAGAGCCCCCUGCUGGACACUUAUCUAAGUUCUCACUGCUUGUAAAGUGAAUGGAAAACAAUCAUUCUUUGGGUUAUAGGCUACAUAAAAUCCCCUCCCUAUAUUGGCUUCUGUCCUGUCACCGCACUAAUUUUCAUAUUCUGUGUAAUAGGUUCCCCUCAGAGACAACGACGCCGACCUUGACCAAAUUCAAACAGCGUCAGCAAACUAAUGUGAUCUGAACUUUUUUGGUGCACUGAUGUGAGCAACUCACUGCUUUUAUUGAAUUUAGCUUGAACUGAUAUUAAUGUGCGCCGGUAUGUGACUUCAAUUUAGCUGAACAGUAUGAUAACUAGAGAGGACACAAAAUGGCUGCUGAUGUCACAGCCCACUUCUCUAGCAAUUUCACUGCCAGCCGUUUUACGCCGCUCCAAGUUAAAAUCCAUUUAUUCUAAGUGGAAAAUGUCAGAUGAAAGCAAAGGUGUUUGAGGUGUUGUGGUUUGAAGCAUUUUUCAGAUGAAAUGCUGUUAUAUGUCUAAGUACAGACAAUUCAAAGCAAGAACAUCACUUUUAGACGUCCAUAUAUUUCAUUAUUUUUUACAGCAAUUACGAAGUUGAUCCUGUUGCCACAUAUGGUCUAAUCUUGUCAAUAAGCUUAUAAUGAGGGAGGAAUUUGGAUCUGCCUCUCAGCGUGGUCCCCCCUCAGAUUAAAAAUGUCUGCCCGCUGCUCUCACUGUAACUCCUCUUUGCUCCUCCUCCUCCUCAUGCUGAGUGACUUCAGUGUGUGUUUCUGAGCCUUUGUUCUGUUGAAUAUCUACCUCAGUCUUGGUUUACCACAUGUCUACAUGAUUAGCUAUUUUGCAAAAAAUUAUAUACAUGUACCAACACUAACUGUUGCCUUUUGCCGAAAAAAAAAGGAAAUUUGUGUAUGUAAAAGCAGAUAUGCUGCAGUCCAGGAUGCUGACAUCAGUGUCACCUUCAGAUGUCCCUGUUGUGGAGGAUGAUUCCGUGCAUAUGUGGUUACCAGGUUUCAGAGGUUCUAUUUUACACUUUUCUUCGCAGCAUCUUUUACCUACACUGAUUUAUGGCACCUGCCUUACACGUGUGCAAUAAAUGUU